UUUUUUUUUCUUUUUUUUUUUUUUUUUGUGCGUAUGAAAAAGGCUAACAUGGAUAGAGCCUCAUCGCCCUCAAGGUAUCAGGCGCCGUACAAACAAUGUAUGCUCGUCCCAUGACAGAUUGACAGGCUAGUCCGGGUCCUGUUGAAUGUACUCCGUAGCAACAUAGUCCGAGCCUUUGAGUCCAAUAUUACAUAUUUACAUGAUAGUGAGGUUAAAUGUAAGCACGUAGCUCUAGUAUUAGCAAAUUCAAAAACAGUGACACGCGUAAUGUUGAAGUCAAAUAUUUUCCCGUUCUCUCUAGUUAUUUCUGGUUUUUUUCUUUUUUUCCGUUUACUUAUUUUCGCGAUAUAUAUAAACAAUUAAACACACGAACAUUUUCGAACAACAAAUUUUCAGGAGCUUGUUCCUCUCUCCAGAAACUUCCCAUUUCUCCAGAAAAUCCAGAUUUCUAUCUUCAACUUUCAAGGGUAAAGAUGCCGAACGAGAGGCAGCAGAGUGAUUCAUUUGACAUUUUUGGUGGUUUUGGAAACUUUGGAGAUUUUGGUGGUUCCAUAUUUGGGAAGAAUCCUUUUGAUGAUCCCUUUUUCACCCGCCCAUUUGGCAGUAUAUUUCAUUCAAAUAGUUCUUUGCGUGAGUCUCCCCUAGUGGUUCCACCAAGUGGACCUACCAUCAAGGAACUUUGCUCUGAUGAUGAAGUAGAAAUGGAGGAUAAUGAUGAAGAAAGUCAGAAUGCCUCUAGACCUGCCAAUGAGCCUUUUGUUGAUCAUCCAGAUGAUGAAGCUGAUGAUAAUAAGAAACAAGUAAACUAUAGGACAGACAACAACCGGAAUGGAGGAGGCUCACAGGCACAGUCAUUUAAAGUCCACAGUUGCAAAGUCACAUAUGGAGGUGUAGAUGGAGUGUAUUACACUAGUUCAGCUUCCAGAAGAAUGGGAAGCGAUGGUAUGAUCAUGGAAGACUGCAAAGAGGCUGAUAAGAGAACGGGUGAAGCAACACACAGGAUUUCGAGGGGACUUCAUGACAAGGGCCAUACAGUUACUAGGAAGCUAAAUUCAGAUGGCAAAGUGGACAUGCGGCAAACACUGCAUAAUCUGAAUGAAGAUGAACUUGGAAGCUUUGAAGACGCUUGGAAAGGCAAUGCUGGCAAGCAUCUACCACCAGGUACAGGAUCUAGUGGCAUUGGAGCGAAUCGAAUGUCUGACUGGGGAGUGUUUCACCUUCCAUCUACAAGGCAUAGAGUGGGAGAUGCAUGGGGGAGCAGGCCCAACAAUGAAAAAGCGGCUGAUACUUCCAAAGGCCAAACCAAAAAGGUGAUCAGGAUCCCCAUAGACUAGCUCUAGAUCUCUACAUUUCAAUGUAGAACUUGGGUUUACCCCGGGUUGUCAACGGAACUGGAGGUUCGCAGUGACUUUUAGGCAUAUUCAUGUAUAGUAUCAUACUACCAUGGUGUAUUUUAACAUGGUCGGAUUUUCUUUAGAGCUCUCUAUUUAUUGUAGAGUUUGAUUGGGAGAUUUUAUCCAUCUGUUUGAAAGUGAUUAUUCUAACUGUUAGUUUGAAAUGGUGAUUACUGAUGUAGUAAGAUUCAAACAGCACAUUAAAACAAUACCUACAAAUUUCAACUAAGUUGAUAACA